AUGUUUAUCUCCGAGGAAAACAUUAGCAGAAUGGAGAAUAUCCUUGAUAUGUGGAGCAACAACCUUAAGUCAAACGUGCUGACUGAACUCAGGAAAUGGAAGCUGGUGUUUAUGGAGAAACACAAAUUGGAAAUGAAAAAAGAAAGGGAUAAAUGUGCUGCUCAGACCGGCACCCUGCAGUCAGAGAUCGACCACUUAAAGGAGUUGCUACAAACAUAUGAAAUAUCAAACCAAAGAAAGGAUGAGGUCAUUGGAAACCUCAGCCAUGUAUUAGAACGGCAAAGGGAGAAGGUUGAAAAAAUGAAAGCCUUCACUCAAUGGAGACUUCAGCACAUUGAAGUUAAGGAGGAGGCCCAUGAUGCACAGGCAGCAAAGAGGCACUACGAGCUACAGCUGAAGAGAAAGGUGUGGCUCGGUUGGAACUCUCUGAUCCAGAAACACUGGAAGGUCAACAUGGAGCGUGCUUGUCGCACUAAGGCCGAGGAGGUCUGCGAGCGCCUGUCAUUAGAAUAUGAAGCCAAACUGACAGAGCAACGUGGGGUUCUCAACAAAGCACACGCAGAGAUUCAGAGGCUGCGGCUGGAAAGGGAGCGUUACGAAGAAUCUAUGAAGAAGGCCUUCAUGAGAGGCGUGUGCGCCCUCAACAUGGAGGCUCUCACCAUGUUCCAAACGACUGAAGGGCAGCUUCCAUCUCUAGAUCAUCGGGAUCCCCCUCCUCCGGAUGAGCCUGCCUCCUCUGCCAUGGGCUCACAUCCUGGUCCCUCAACUCUAUUUACUCCUGUCCAUUUUGACCACACAGAGCCUCCAUUCAACAGCGAAUCAGAAGACUUGAUUAGUUUGCGUCCAGCAUCGAGAGCAGAUGGACUUCCUUCCUCCACAAUUGGCCACAGCUCUUUUCCUUUAGGGGGCACUGGACACUUCAACAAACAGCAGGCUGGUGGCAGUGUAGUUCAUGCUGGUCAACAAAAAUGUAAAACUGUGACCGCUCGAAUUACAGCCCGCAGCGACGGUGCUAAAGCUUCUGGCAGCAGCCUCCAGGUCAUGGGCGUGUCUCCUCCUAUGAGCUCGGUCAUAGUGGAGAGACACCAUCCAGUCACACAGCUCACUGUUGGUCAGGCCACAGCUGCCAAGUUUCCUCGCAAUCCUCAGAGUCAGCGGCCUACGACGGGAAAGAGAACACCCUCCGGAACCUGCCACGUGCACUCCAUCAAAGUAGUGGAUUGA